GGGUCCGCGAGCUAGGGGGAGGGGCCGGGGCGGUGGCGGCGGUGGAGGAGGUGGUGGCAGGGGCCGGUACUGGACCAGGAGGGAUGAGCGAGGCGGCGGCGGUGGUGGCGACAGUGGCCACCGCGGCGACGGUGCCCGCGACGGCGGCAGGGGUAGUAGCGGUGGUGGUACCGGUGACCGCGGGAGAACCGCAGAAAUCAGGCAGCGGGGCAGGUGGCGGCGGGGGCGUAGCCGCCUCAGGCCCCGCUGCUGGGACCCCCUCGGCGCCGGGCUCCCGUAUCCCCGGCAACACGGCCACGGCAGCCUCGGGGACCCCCGCGCCCCCAGCCCGGAGUCAGGCGGACAAGCCGGUGCUGGCAAUCCAAGUCCUGGGCACUGUCAAAUGGUUCAACGUCCGGAAUGGUUACGGCUUCAUCAACAGGAAUGACACCAAGGAAGAUGUCUUUGUACACCAGACAGCUAUAAAAAGAAACAACCCCAGGAAGUUUCUGCGCAGUGUUGGCGAUGGGGAGACUGUGGAGUUUGAUGUCGUGGAAGGAGAGAAGGGUGCAGAAGCUGCCAAUGUAACUGGGCCCGGAGGGGUGCCAGUGAAGGGUAGCCGCUAUGCCCCCAAUCGACGUAGGUUCCGCCGAUUCAUCCCCCGGCCUCGCCCAACUGCCCCACCACCCAUGGUGGCAGAGGGCCCCUCUGCUGGGACAGAACCUGGCAGUGAAGGAGAGCGAGCUGAGGACUCUGGGCAUCGGCCCAGACGACGGCGCCCACCACCCUUCUUCUAUCGACGGCGGUUUGUGCGAGGCCCUCGGCCCAACCAACAGCACCCCAUAGAGGCCUUUGUACAUUUCCAGGGCACUGAUGGGGUAGAAUCCAAAGAGACAGCUCCACUGGAGGGGAAUCAACAGCAGGGAGAUGACCGGGUGCCCCCACCCAGAUUCCGGCCCAGAUACCGAAGGCCUUUCCGCCCCAGGCCACCCCAACAGCCAACCACAGAAGGUGGGGAUGGUGAGACCAAGGGCAGCCAAGGCCCCACUGAUGGUUCCCGGCCUGAGCCCCAGCGCCCACGAAACCGUCCCUACUUCCAGCGUCGACGGCAGCAGCCCCCUGGCCCCCGGCAGCCCACAGCCCCAGAGUUUGCUGGGUCCACUGCCAGCAGGCACCAACACCCACCCCAUGAAACUCCAGCAGAGGCAGUCAAGACCUCAGCCCCCAUCAACAGUGGGGACCCCACUACCACAAUACUGGAGUGAUUCCAACUCAAAGGACACCCAGAGCUACCAUCUAGUAUCUGCCAGUUUUUCCAACUGACCUACCCAGCACCCUCCUGCCCCUUUCCAUAAUUCAUGACAUCAAAAUACUGGCUUUUCCCCUUUUCUUUGAGACUCAGGAGGGCUAAAGCAAAAGGCUUUUGCUUUUGCUUUUUUUUUUUUUUUUCCCUCUCCCCUACCAAAGAGUUAAAGGAAAGGAUCCGUCCUUAUUGUUCAGAGGCAUCAACUCCCACCCUAAGUCAGGCUGAGAAGGAACCAGCCAGCUCUUACCUCCUGGUUGUUUUUCCCCGUUCCAGUUUAUUUUUGUUUCCUCUUGACCCCUACCUCUGAAGCCAUUUAAUGAACUGUCAUGUGCCACCUGAGCCUCCAGUAAAAACAAAAACAGGC